AUUAACUCAAAAACUUUUUUUUAAUCUUCGUGUAUGACACGAGAACCUAUGUAGUUCCGAUUAUAUGGGCAACACAAUGACAUGUGCAAAAUUUCUAUCCUGUUGUCUUCCAUAUCCAUAAACCGACUUACAACUUGCAAGACUCUUUUCCCGUUUCCCAUUUCCCAAUUUCUAAUUUCUUUAUGUACACGAACCCUAGAAACUUUCGAAGGUGAGGUUCUCUCUUGCUCGCCAUUUUCAUCUUGCCCCAUCGUUACGGGUAUUACUGCUAAAUACCGAGUGCUCGCCGCCAUCAACCCUGCUCUCCGCCAGCCUCCUUCUCUGCCGUCAACCGCUAGGCAUCAGAAGUACUCGUCUUUUCUCCAUACAUCUAUCUGAUUGACAACAAUGUUGCGUCAAAGCUGUAAGAAGUUAAUCGGUCAAACCCAAUUUCAAUUGCAAGGAUCACUGACUCGUCUUUACCACGAGAGGGUAGUAGACCAUUAUGAUAACCCAAGAAAUGUGGGCUCUUUUGAUAAGAAUGAUCCGGAUGUGGGAACGGGGCUUGUAGGUGCUCCAGCUUGUGGGGAUGUGAUGAAACUUCAGAUUAAAGUUGAUGAUAAAACUGGAAAGAUUGUUGAUGCUCGUUUUAAAACCUUUGGUUGUGGUUCUGCUAUUGCUUCUUCUUCUGUUGCUACCGAGUGGGUGAAAGGGAAACAAAUGGAGGAGGUGCUGACCAUUAAAAACACGGAAAUUGCAAAACAUUUGUCGCUCCCGCCUGUUAAACUGCAUUGCAGUAUGCUUGCCGAGGAUGCAAUCAAAGCAGCUGUUAAAGACUAUGAAAGAAAACGUGCGAAGAAAAACGGUAGUAGCUCGGUAUCUGCAUCUUCCAAUAAGGCUGCUGAGCCUUGAAGCAGGAUACAAUCAACUGAUGUGAUGGAAGACUGGGGUUAGCGGAAACUAAUGCUAGUAUUGUGGUUUGGCUCCUUGUACAAACAAAUAAAUUGUUCCACCUGACAUUACUUGUAUGGUUUGGGGAAUGUUAGUCUUUGAAAUAGGAUUUUAAACCUCUGUAUUAGUAUGUAUAUUAAAUUUUGCUGGUAUUAACAUUUUGUUUUAUCCUUCUGAUGAUAAUGAAGGAAACAGGUUUGUAUCACCAUUGACCCCUCACAAAUCUUGGUUUUUACUAGGAUAUUGCUUGUGGCCAAAGCUAUGAGAGUAUUGCUUAAUGUGUAA